ACUAGGCACGAGGACCGAAGAAGCACCUGAAGCGCGUUGCAGCGCCCAAGCAUUGGAUGCUUGACAAGCUCACCGGAGUGUUCGUAAGUACAAUUUACUUCAUACCUAAAUGGUGUUAAAACCACAAUGUUACCAGCUAGUUGCAGAUUAUUAGCAAAAUGGAGGGGCAUUCAUAUCUAUGGCCGCGUCGCAUAGAAACGACUAGUUCCUGCAUAUAUGUCUGGCAGCAAAAAUUGUGCGGUAACGCUUAACUCUGUGCAUAACGUGGAUUUGUCUUUCUGAAUAUUCUCUGGUGUAUGGCGAACCACCUGCAACUGAACAGACAUUUUUUUUAAAAACACACGAAGAAAGUAUAGGCAAGAACAAGUUCGUUGCUUCUGACCCUUUCUAUUAGCCAAGGUAUAACUGUUAAUAUUGAAUAAUUCAAAUAUCGCCGUUUUAAUGCAUAGCUAUCUUCCUGUGUAGUUGUCUGCCGUCCCUACAUUGUCUAUAGCGGUCAUUGUUUACUGCUCAUAUAGCAGUUAAAAUAGCACGUCCUAUUUUCUCCUCUGUAGGCGCCUCGUCCCUCCACUGGUCCCCACAAGCUGAGGGAGUGCCUGCCCCUCAUCAUCUUCCUCAGGAACCGUCUGAAGUACGCCCUGACCGGAGACGAGGUCAAGAAGAUCUGCAUGCAGAGGUUCAUCAAGAUUGACGGCAAGGUCCGCACUGAUGUCACCUACCCCACUGGCUUCAUGGGUGAGUUGGGUUUGAUGAGGGGUGGGUGAAGAAGGGAUGGGGUGAGUAUGUUUUGAGUGAGGAAGGGAGAGGAGUAUAGUUUGCAGUGAUGUCACCUUCCCAAUUGGCUUCAUGGGUGAGUCUGACUAGGGGAUAGGGGGAUGCAAGGUGUGGGUGGGUAGGUGAAGGAUAAUGGGAAUGGAGUGAGGGGAUGGGAAGGACUGGAGGGUGCAUUUGGGGUGAGAAGGGGGAGGGAACUGUUCCACUCCAUGCAUGCUUUCACCUAGCCAGUGACUAGAGCAGGAAAUAAAGAGCAAUGAAGACAAUCUUUGGUUUUGAUCAAUGAGCUGAAAAAAAUCUCACCAAUACCUCUAAGAAGUUCUGAGCUCUAACUGAAAGUAGGGAUGCAUUUUCUAGUAUUUGGACAGGUUAUAGGACAUGUAGCCCCUUGUUGCUGUGAAAUUAGAUUUGUAAAUGUUUCCAGUUGUAGUUGGGCUGUUGUGAUGGACACAUCACAUUGGCUGUAAGGCACUGAACUGACUGAAAGCUUCUGCUAUAAAUGUCUAUAGAAUGUUGCACUUGGGAGAUGCCAUGCUUAGUGAUUGGAGUGAGUUUCAUUUUGUUGUAGUUAGUCUGGGCUUUUGGGGGCGGAGGCUUAUGGUGAUACCUUGAUCACGCUUGUCAAAUUAUUCCUCACUUUUCUAAUUUGGUGUUCAUGGCUUCUGGUUAGAUAAGUGCACCUCACACCAGAUGGAUGGACAUCUGUGAACCCACUUCAAGGAAUUUAAUCUCUUUUUGGAUCUUCACCCAUAACCCCCUUGGGGCUCAGGCAUACUUGUACACACACCAGUAGACAUUCACUCUCAUAUACUCAAACAUUUUCUCAGGCACACACUCCUUCAUAUACACCCCACCAGACUUUCAUGCACACACCAUCUUGCACGCACACACACUUCCAUAGCACCUUUAUUCCUGCCAAGAGAGUAAUGAUGGUGUUGUGAUUAAUUUCCCAGGCCAGGUGAAGCCUCACAGUAUGUAAAUGCAGACCAUGUAACACCUCUCCUUCAAGGCUAGCUCACACACUACUGUUAGAAAAACAAUACAGUGGGAUGUUAGCCGAGCCAUUAAUCUACAAUGGAGUGGCUUUGUCACUGGACCAUGCCCUCUCCCUCAUUGGUGCACCACAAGGCUAGAUCACACACCUUGAUGGCAAAACGGUGUGACCCCUCUGAUACCCAAUGGAGUCUAGAGGAAUUGUAUAGUGCCCCUCCACCAGUCUUAAGAUUUACCAGUCUUUAGCUAGCUAGCUGAUGUACAAUGGAAUGAGUUGUAUUGUGCUUUUUACUAGUAUCUGACCUGGGCGGCAGGUAGCCUAGCGGUUAGACCGUUGGACCAGUAACCGAAAGGUCGCUAGUUCGAAUCCCGAGCCGACAAGGUGAAAAGGGAACUUGAUGUUCCAGGGUCGCUGUUGAUAAUGGCAGACCCUGGCCGUCACCCCACUCUCCGAGGAUAUCUCAGGAGUGGGAUAUGUAAAAACAAAUGUCCAAUUCACCCUUAUUAAUACGCACUUGUACAUGUGUGAAAUGGGACAAAUCUAAGCACCUACCUAAUUAUUACUAUUAUGAAGGGACUAUAUAUUGUUGGGUUGACUGUCAUUCUGACUACAGGUAUCUGAAUUGCGCGGUGUCAUUUUGUUCCCAGUUAUGAGAAUUUGAUCCUGACUGACAGAUUGUUUAUUGAAUUUGGUCUGAUGCUGACUUUUGUUUUAGCUGUGCUUUGACAGACAAUGUUGUGAUGUAGUGUUGGCCUGUUCUGGAUUUGAUCAUUGACACGAACUGGUGUUGUCUGUCUGUAGAUGUGAUCAGCAUUGAGAAAACUGGAGAGCAUUUCCGUCUGAUCUAUGAUGUGAAGGGACGUUUCACCGUUCACCGCAUCACUGCUGAGGAGGCCCAGGUACUACACACACAUUGUCACACAUGCUUGGGAGUCUAGUAAUUCACAGCUCAGGCCUAACUUUUAAACCAAGCAGUACAAUAUAAUGUUCUGUAUGGAGGGAGCAAUGAAGACAGUCUUUGGUUUUGACCAACGAUCUGAAAAAACUCACCAAUACCUCUAAGAAGUUCUGAGCUCCAACCAAAAGAAUUGAAUGAAUCCUAAUGUGAAACGGUUACAAAUUCAACCUUUUGUGUAAAUGCCUAGCGCGAUUUCAGUUGGAGUACUUAUGCUUGUUUAUCAUAUUAGGAUUUAGGCUCCAAAACCAAGCUGUGAAUAACUGCUGACAUGUAAAACAUUUUUGGACUAUCAACAGUGGACUAAUGGAAAAAAAAAGAGGUUCUAGUGGUUUUUCCUUUAAAUUAAGCAUUUAUAUUUCAGAGACUAGGUUUGGGAAGCCCUGCAAUAACAAUCACUCACUUUCUCCUCUCCCAUCCCCCUCAUCACCUCCCCCUCUCCUUCCCUCCAGUACAAACUGUGCAAGGUGAAGAAGAACCUCAUUGGCACCAAGGGAGUCCCCCACCUGGUGACCCACGACGCACGCACCAUCCGCUACCCCGACCCCCUCAUCAAGGUCAACGACACAGUCCGCAUCGACCUCGCCACCGGCAAGAUCACAGAACACAUCAAGUUUGACACAGGUAACAUCACAGUUAACAAUAUAUACUUUUAACGUGAUUGAAAGGGAAAUUAAUACCUGUGAGGAAAGCGGUCUUUAAGGUUAGCGUGUUAAGAUUUUUUAAAGUGUUACAUAUCAAAUCUAUUAAGGGAGUGGGUAGUAAUAUCUAUGGCUUGUGUCUUGAAAAAUUAUUAGGAAAGCAGGAUAAGUUACAGUGCAGCUUGUUCAGUCCUGUUAUGUUCCCCCUGCACACAUCAACUUGUUUCCUACUAUUCCUAUCUGUCUUGCAUCCCACGGCUUGCAGGGACGCUUGGUCUCAGACACUGUUAGACAGGCAUAGUAACUAAAUUUAAGAUUUUGUGUAGUCUUGCUUAUCCCAUGGUAGAGGGUGACAUUUUUUUCAACGGUGAAUGUAGAACUGGAUGUUUGACAAGUCUGUUCAUUCAGACCAUUGGAUCCACUAAGCACCAUCUUUGAAACUUUCUGCAGAUUUGACUGAUGCAAAGCAACAAUGCUACAUUUUAGUCAUUUAGCAGAGUGCAUACUUUUUUUUUCUCGUACUGGCCCCCCGUGGGAAACUAAUGCACAACCCUGGCGUUGCAAGCGCCAUGCUAUACCAACUGAGCUACCCAAUCAAACUUGGCAUACUUUUGAAGCGCAGUCUUUAUCCUCAUCUCUCUCCCCUCUUCUUCCCUCUUCUCCCUGUAGGUAACCUGUGCAUGGUGACCGGCGGUGCCAAUUUGGGGCGUAUCGGUAUCAUCACCAACAGGGAGAGGCAUCCUGGCUCGUUUGACGUGGUGCACGUCAAGGAUAGCGCUGGAAACAUCUUCGCCACCAGGCUUGGAAACAUCUUCAUCAUUGGCAAAGUAAGCAGAGGAGACUCGUACACGCACACUCAAACACAUACCUGCACAUCCACAUACACACAUGAACUACAGACACCCUGACAACACUGCUCAUCCCCUCCAUUUCUUGACACUCAUGUAGUUGCUCAGUACUCAUGUGUGAUUGUACGGAGGUAGAACAAAGCCAAUGCUAUGUCUUCGGUACCAGUGUGUUAUUGUCUGCUGGUUCUAUCCUCAAUCGCUGGCACACUUGACAAUGAUGAACAGUAGGUUUACCAACCAUCCUAAACCAUCUUGGCUGCAGACAACCAUUGUGGAGGGACACAAUGACACAUUGGUCCUUACCCUGUAAGCAGUCUAUGGACAACGUAUGACAGCUAUCCACGCUUUGGUUUAGUUUCCCUGGCACUGUUUCUACAUGCUAAUGUUCAAGUAUUUGUGACACAAAUCCCAUUUAAGUCAUGGGACCAAUGUAAGCAUUUUUCGCACAUGUUCAAAUCAUCUAGAAGUGAUGUUGAGCUUCACAAUACAUUUUUGAUCAGGGGUCUCCAAUCUUAGCAUGAGAGCUACUUAAAAAAAUUAAUAUGAAUAUGUCCAGUGCUACUCAUUAUUUUCUAGCUUUCAAAUAGGCCCGUUGUUCUCCUCUUCCCUGUGUCCAUAAUAUACAAGAGAAAGUAGUGCACUGUUUUCUGACAUUAUACCUGGUAAGAUAAUGGUUAAUAAACAACAAAGGGGUGGCAAUGUGUCCGGAAGAAAACAAACCAUAUUUAGAUUUGAGUGUAAUUCCCCUUUAAUUGCACAUCUGUCCAUUUAAUUGUGCAUCUAGCGAGUGUGUAAUGUGCCGGUCUAGCGACGGUUCUGUACUGCUGCUGCUCGUUUCAUGGCAACAUUGGCAAAUAAUAGAUACACAUGAUAAACUUAAUCAUGAUAUACAUCUGCCAGGUAAGCAUUUAACAUAAAAUGAAUAACAUUGCAUUUAACAUUUAUUUGAGAAGGUUUUGGGGAAAGUAUUUCUGUCAACCCACAAUACUGUUAUCACAUCAACUGGUUACACACAGAGCGAUAAAAGGGCCCACCACACAGACAGACCGGGGCAAUAUUGCUGGAAAUUAAUGGGCAGAUAUUGUUAGGUUUGGAUUUUGAAGAAAAUCGUGGCUAACCAGGGAUGGGAUAAUGUUGCGUUGAUUAGAUAGUCGCUGGGAGCUUGCAGUGUCUGAUACUGAUGAGAUUUGUCUGACAGUUUGCGGUGGAACACGUGAAAAUUGCAUGUACUUUCAGAAUUGUUUGGCGAGCUACUCAUAGGUGGCCUGUAAGCUACUGGUAGCUUGCGAUCAACCUGUUGGAUAGCCUGCUUUUAGGUACUUCUAGAUGAUUUGGACAUGAUGCGCGAAAAAUGCUAAUAUAGGUCCCAUGACUUAAAUUGGAUAUGUGCCACAAAUGCUAAAAUGUUAGCAUUUGGGGACUGCCAUGACAACUAAGCCAAAGCAUGGAUUCAUACCUUGUCUGUAGACUGCUGACAGGGAAAGGAAACAUGUAAUUUGGGUGAAAUAUCCCUUUAACACAAGUACAUACUACAGCCUGAUCAAUUUAUCGGUCCCACACAUUAUCGGCAGGUUUUGGUCUUUUUAGACUAACAUCAGUAUUUGUCACAGCUAAGAUGAAAUGUUCAAUUUUCCUAAGAACCAAGGUUAAUUUUUAUUGAAAAUUAUAUUUUAUCCACUUACAUUUGACCACUUCCUGUGUCAUGUUUGUAGAUUCCCUCUUUACCACCUUUCUUUUGUAACAUCUUCUGUUUUCCCUCCUCUUUCUCCCCACCCCCCCAUAUCUCCAGGGCAACAAGCCGUGGGUGUCCCUGCCCCGUGGAAAGGGUAUCCGUCUCACAAUCGCUGAGGAGAGAGACAAGAGAAUCGCUGCCAAGGCCGGCAGCAGCUAAGUCCUAUAUGUAGGUCUAAGCAUCUUGGCUUUGAAAUAAAACAAUGUUAUUUACAACAAAAUCCAA